AUGACUCGUCACGGAGGAGACUCGAGCCUCGCGAACGAAUCAAUCAUCCGUCAUUCAUUCGCGCCGACGACGACGCCCACCAUGGUCCGCGUGGCGUUCGAGACGACGUACUGGACGAAUUGGGGCGACCACGUGCGCGUGGUCGGCGCGUGCGCGGCGCUCGGGCGGUGGGACGCGCGCGCGGCGCCGGCGAUGACGUGCGCGCACGGCGCGAAUGCGCGUGAAUUAAUCUGGACAGCCGUGGUCGAUCUCGACGUCGACGGCGACGACGACGACGAUGGGAUCGCGUACAGGUACGUCGUCGUCGACGCCAGGGGCGCGGUCGCGGCGUUCGACGGAGAGAUGAAGAUGCUGGAUCUGAAAAGGGGACGGCGCGGGACGACGCGGGCGGAGACGCGAGACGCGUGGGGGGGGCGAACGCCGUGGGAGGCGGUGUUGGCGCGCGCGGCGUUCGCGAACGUCGUGGGGACGAGUGCGGGGACGAUGUGUGCGCGCGAUGGGGGGGUGGAGGGCGAUGGAGUGGUGCGCGAGGGCGGCGCGGAUGGACCGCGCGUGCGGUUGGAGAUUCGCGCGCCGCGCGAACGAGGCGAGCGUCGAGUGAUGGUGCGCGGCACGUGCGCGGCGUUGGGGAAGGGGGAUCGCUCGCGAGCGAAGGCGAUGAGUAAGGCGGCGGGAAGCGACGUGUGGUGGAUCGAGUUUGACGUCGACGCGUCGGAGACGCCGUUUGAGUACGCGUAUUUCGUGAGCGACGACGCGGGCGCGGACGUCGAGGACGUUCGCGGCGCGCUCGUGUGUUCGCCGAGCGCGAGCGAGGAGGAAAUGAAGAGUACGAUGGUGAUUCAUCGCGACGGCGCGCUCUCUGUUGGAGAGAUGUGGAAGGGUGCGGGUGUGGCCCUUCCCGUGUUCUCCGUUCGCACGUCGAAGAGCGUCGGUUGCGGCGACUUUGUGGAUUUGCGCCGCGUGGUCGACUUCGCGUCCGAGACCGGCAUGUCCGUCGUCCAGGUGUUACCGGUGAACGAUACGUGCGUGUACGGCACGUUCUGGGACUCGUAUCCGUACUCGUCUCUCUCGGUGCACGCGUUACACGUCAUGUAUCUGCGCGCGCAAGAUUUGCCCGGAGUGAACGAGGAACUGGCGGAGGAUAUCGAGACCGCGCGCGCGGCGUUGGACCUGGAAGAGAUCGAUUACGAAAUGACUGUGAAAGAGAAACUCUCUUUCGCGCGUCGGGCGUAUUACAACAGCGGCGAGAAAGUCUUCGAGACGGAUGGAUUUAAGGAGUUUUACGCGAGGAACGAGCACUGGCUCAGACCGUACGGCGUCUUCUGCGUGUUGAGGGACUUGUUCGGCACCGCCGAGCACUGGCGAUGGGGAGUGUUCGCGAAGUAUUCGGAAGACGUCUUGGACAAGGUCGACUGCGAGGGAGGCGACCUGUACGAGUCCACGCGAUUUUGGUACUACCUCCAGUACAACUUGCACGAGCAACUGCUCGAGACGGCGACGUACGCAAAGUCGAAGGGAAUCGUCCUGAAGGGAGAUCUUCCGGUGGGCGUCGACAAGCGUAGCGUCGACACUUGGAUGCAUCCGCGACUAUUCCGCAUGGAUACCUCAACCGGGGCUCCGCCAGACGCCUUUGACCCGCGCGGACAAAAUUGGGGAUUCCCGACCUAUAACUGGGAACACAUGGCCGAGGACGACUACGCAUGGUGGCGCGCCCGCAUGCAACAUCUCGAGCAAUAUUUCAGCGCGAUUCGCAUCGAUCAUAUCUUAGGUUUCUUCAGAAUCUGGGAGCUCCCCGCGAGCGCCACGACGGGCUGCAUGGGGCGCUUCAGGCCGUCUCUUCCGCUCACGCGAAGCGAACUCGCCUCGCGCGGACUGUGGGAUGUCAACCGGUUGACGGAGCCUUACAUACAGUGGAACGAGCUCGAAACUCUUUUCGGCGAUCACGUCCAAGACGUGGCUUACCGUUACAUGGUUGAGAAAGACGACCAACGUGGUUUGUGGCAGUUCAGACCUGACUUUCAGACUGAGGAGUCGAUCAUCGCCGCCACGAAACCUCAUAAGAACACGCCAGCAAACUUAAUCGGAGAUCAACUCGCGAUACGCGAUGGUCUCAUGAAAUUGUUCCAAAAUAGGUGUCUUCUGACGGACAAAGAAAAUUAUGACAACUUCUAUCCUCGAUUCGGUCUGGAAGACACGAGUUCUUAUCAAGCGCUCGAGGGAUGGCAGCGCGAGACGCUUCGCGAGUUGGCGAAUGAUUAUUACUUCGGUCGUCAGAUGGAUACGUGGCGAAAUCAGGCGCGCAUGGUGCUACCGGCGCUAUUGCGCUCGUCGGACAUGCUCGUGUGCGGUGAAGAUCUCGGUUUCACGCCGACGUGCGUUCCGCCAGUGAUGGACGAACUUGGCAUUUUGGGCUUGCGCAUCCAGCGCAUGCCACCCGUCGGCGAGAGCGCGGAGUUCGGUCAACCGCACACGUAUUCCUAUUUAACCGUCUGCUCGCCUUCUUGUCAUGAUACUAUGACCACGCGCGCGUGGUGGGAACAAGAUGAGGCGCGCAGACAGCGUUACGACGCCAUGUUUCAUGGUGGGACCGAUGAAAAAUGUACGCCGAAUGUCAUGCGCAACAUUCUCGUGCAACACAUCGAGAGUCCGAGUGUUUUGGCCAUCUUUCCGAUCCAAGAUCUGCUCGCACUCGACGCAGAGUACGCGAAGAGACCAGCUCUUGAAGAGACGAUCAACGACCCGACGAAUCCGAAGCAUUACUGGAGAUACAGACUCCACGUGCCGUGCGAGGACAUGUUGGCCAACGGUGCCUUCGUGAAAGAGAUCAGGGAACUCCUUCGAGCUCGAGCACACGUUAAUCAGUCAAGUCACUUGCGGCUUAACUAA